CACUUCUCUACUUUCCCGCUCCUGUUGUUUACAAGAGGGGAUCUCUGGGAAGUGGUGCUCAUGGCAACCAUCAUAAACACUUUUCAGUAGCUACGUUUUCGCUGCUUGUACAAAACGGGGCGCAAAGGGCAAGGAUCGUUGUUGUCAUGGCGUUCUGUAAGGACCAAUACUAUGAAAGAAUUGGAUCCAUUCAACAAAGCAUGCACGAAAGGGAAAAGAGGAGACUUGAGUUGGAGAGGGAGUUGUUUGCUUACUGCAGAUCUGACAAGAGAGGUUCUCAGAUAAAGUGUGCCACACUCCGUGGUUAUCUCAAGGAAAUCCGUGAGAGAGAAAAACAAGCGAAAAUUCGAAACUUUGAGCUCCUGAGAGAUGUGGAGUGCAUUGAAAUGAGCAUGAAGGAGCACUGUCCUGACCGUAACCCUCUGGAUGAACACAAGGUUGAAUGCUUGAAUAGAAUUUCCAGAUUUAUGGCAGCAAGGCAGAAGAAAGAAGAGACAAAUCUUAAAAUAGACAAGGGAGAUUUGUUGAAUUGCCAUCCUCAGGGUGAGUCCCCCUUACCACAGGCCAGGGGUUUACGCCAACCAUCUGUAAUCUUCAUGGGUCGCCAGACCUCCAGAAGUUCCGCGGCUGAAGAUGCCACCACAAGUAUACACUUACGACAAGCGGAGCGUCAUUCGCCAGAUCAUCUCUCACAUGCCUCGGAAUGCCUGCAAAGUGGCCUUUUGAAUGACUCCAAAGUUUCCAGAGAGGUCGUUGCCGAGAGCGGAGCGUCUUUAUCAGUUGACAUUUCAGGCUCAAACGAUUCCCCCGACGGCUGUAAUUUGUGUGACAAACAUGAAAGGACGGCGGCAGUGGUUCCAUCUGUUCGUACCUUAACAGCCAGCGCCGGCGUGCCUUUUAGAGGUGAUGAACAACUGACUUCACCUCGAGUGACCUUGACGAGGCCUGAGAAGAAUAGCCCAUCGCCCAACACUAUCAGCCAUAUGUGGGACAGGAAUUCACCUGCAGAAUACACUCGGGGUAGAGGGUCUGGUCAUCAGGAGAGCAUAAAAGAAGGUUUGGAGAGAGUUCUGCAAAGAUCACCGCCUCAAACUGACUUGGGAAAAGAAUCUCAAGAUGUGCCAGAGAAGAGUGAAACCCUCAGUAGAUCCAGUUCCAGUAUGGAGCUGUCAGUGACCAGCAGUGGUAGUGACCUGUCUAUCUCCCUGACUGAGUCUGACCUGGCUGAGCUACCAAAGGUGCCAGAGGGUGUAGUCCAUGUAGACAGCCACACCAGGAGGACAGACAGCCCACCACAGAGGAGUGCUAUUCCACCCAGCGAGAGGGAGCUCCGCAGCGCCAGUGUUCACAGUCAAUCACUGGACACUCCAGAGCCUAGGAACAGACCAGAAUCACGUAGCGAAUCCACGUCUCCAGAAAUCCCAUUGAAAAGGCUGUCCAUGGAGGGAUUCUUCCAUCUACUGGAGAGCAUCGAAGAACGAUUCCACAGAGGAGAAAGAAAUGUGUACUGUGUCUCGUCACUUGGCGAUAGCAAACGCAAUAAAGUGAUCAGCCUUUGUAACGCCAGGGCAGGCUUGAAUGGAGAGGACCUUGAUGCAUGUGGAGCAGUCGUCCUUCACCAGCUUCAGAGGUUGUCAUGGACCAUGUCAAUGGGUUGCCUGUUACCCGAAGAGCUAGUUAGCUCCAACUGGUCCACCACCGAGCCCAGGAAAAUAAGCUCCCGUCUCCCCUCUGAUGCUGCUCCUCUGUGGGAUCGCUGGUUCAAGCACGCCCUUCUGCUGAAGGACAACCGUGUCCUCACCCCCGAGCACCUCGUCCAGCUGUUCACUCCACUGCUGCUGCCAUACAACGCCUCCUAUAGUGCCAAGGCCAAAGUGCUGCUGAGGACACUUCUGUCCCGGUCCAGUGAGGAGUGCCCCUCGGUGGAGAGUGAGUCGUCAUCCUGUGGCCUUCCCUCGUUUCUCAACGACAGCGUUGCGGAGGUCCAACCAGCCAGACCUUCUCAGGAGCACCGCGCCGCAGGGAUGCAAGGACUACAAAGUGGUGAAGAGGACAGCCAAGACGAGAGCCCCGUGGAAAGUAUUCCUAUUAAAGAGACAAAAGCAUAUCAGCUGCUUAAACAGUCUGCCACACAGGCGAGGCAGCAGAGCUCUGGAGACGAGGAGGAUCUGUCAGGAAUAAAUGAUGGCUAUGAAGAGAAUACUGGGAGGGUUGAGCGCUCCUCUCAUCAAGACCCUUACCCUUGGUCCUCAGAGCGGCUCUUCACCGGGAGCCCAUUUGGGAAGGAGAGAAACGACAAAAAUGAAAGCCUACUCUGCUUUGCAGUCUAAAGCUUUCUGGGGAGAAUCAGACGACAGCAACUCGGAGAUAGAAGCAGCUCUGCGUCCUCAAUACAAUACGAACAAUGACAACUCUGAGGAUUUUUAGGACUGACUACCUGAGAAAAGGGAUUCUUAACAGAAGCUGCUGAGAGAAAGCGCUUUAGAGAACAUCUGCAUACUGUUUAUUUUUCUUCCAUUCGUUACCCGACUAAAUUCGAUCUACGUUGUAAAUUGUAUGCAUACUGUAUCAUAAAAAAUGUAUAAUGGUAAACCUGAUACCCCUUACUGUGGUUAAAGUAUGUGAAGAGUUUUCAAACGCACCGAUGUUAACCCUUCUUCAGUCUCUUUAUCUGAAUGACUCUUACAACUCAUAAUAACAGCUUGAAAUAGAUUAAACGGGUCUUUUGAAGCGAUUUGUUUGCACUAGGCUGGAAAUCAUGCAUUUUGAAUGCUGCAAGCAUCUCCGAGUGGUCUGCAUCUAGCAUGCUUGAGUGUAGUGACGUGAGUCACCUGUGAAAUGACAAAGAACAAUGGCCACUCUGGAUGUUACCAAACGACCUGCGGACCUGUUGAAGUGGCCUAUCGCCCAGGACGAGAUGUACCGUCGUGUUAACAGAUCCACAAUGAUCACAAUGUAUGUUUUUGAAACUGUUUGGUGAAGUUGUACUUAUAUACAAAGAUUAUAUCAGA